AUGGGUAUAUUGAGACCAUUUUACGUGGACUCCCCCUCUACAUGGGACGACCAGGACGAUGGGCUUGACUUUUCUUCAGAUCCAGACCAGCGCCACGCCAAACUGCCACAACCCUUCAGGCUUGUCAACAAGAUCCUGGAUUGUUUGUUUGAGGAUACUUGGGCUUCUAUAACUGCCAGACAAGCUUUGAAGGAAAGCCAGGCCAACUUUAGUCAACUACCAAAUCUAGAGGGAGGAAUCAAAGUGAGCCUACCGUACAAGCUCCACAACGUCUGUUCCACCCCAGACAACGAACUGGUGAUCGGAGUUGGAGAGGGUGGUUUACUUGCUUUCUCACACGAUGACGUCACCAGACCCAUCUUCAAAUUCAACAUUGACGGGGGAUACCUGAAGGCUAAUGUGACGAGUGGACCUGAGGAGGGUACUUAUGUUGUUGCUGCACUUGACGAAAAAGGUGUGAUUACCUUGUUCGGAAUAACAAGAGCUGGAUUUAUCGAAGUUUCUCAGCUAAGUAAUGAGGGAGAUGAGAAAGUUUUGCACUUUUGGCUGAAUGGAAGUAACCUUGCUCUCUCUGUUGGUGGGGAGAAGAACAGCUGCAGCAUAUUAUUCUAUCUACUUCCUAUAACAAGCUGGUCAGAACCAUUCGAACAGAUCAGUUCACAGAGACUCCAAGGCAGUGACGAAGACAAUUCCCAAUUUACCGCCCCAGAACUAAAAGGACGAGUCAGUAGCCCAAGUUCAGUGUCACCAUGCGCCAAGAACAACCUAUCUGAAGCAAUCACUCCUAUAAUGAAUACUAUCACUAACCCUGUAAGACUGGGUCAAGGAACUCAUCAUAUCUUGCCUUCCUCUUAUUUCGAGAAUCGGAGGGCCAUGUUGGAGAAAUUACCCAAGUACAAGGACGUGGAUUGGUCAACAGUAGAUAGCAGCGUGAUCCGGGUAGGACAUGUGGUGUUUGUGCAGGAUAACAAAGUUAUGGUGUGGUGGACAAACCACCACAUUGCUACCCUACACUCUCUAGCGACUGAUGUGGAAACAGUGGUCGAUAGUUUCAUAUAUUGUUCAGACAUAACAUCUGCAGCUUCUAGUUGCAAUGGUGAUAAGGUCGCUAUAGGUCUACAAAAGGGAUUGACAUCUGUUAUUGAUAUGAAGGAAUGCCUGACUGUGCAAUGUUCUCUGGUGUCCAGAUCUCCUGUAAAUCACGUGGUCUUUGUCGAGGACAAACUUCUUGCGGCUUGUCAGGACGGAGCCGUAGCGGUCCUGAGCUGCGACGUUGAGAAUAGCUGUGCCAGGAUUCAGCACAUCAGGACAGACAACAAGGCUCUCUCUGUCUCCCAGAUCUACCCUCUUCCUCCUUUCUCAAACUUAGCAGUGGUGACAUUGUGCCCUGGAAAGGUUGCCGUGAUUGAUGUAGAUAGUUACCGAGCUAUCGCAAUUGUUCCAGCUUGGACUGACUCUGUUCCAAUUUGUGCGAGUUUAACAAAGAAGUACUUGUGUGUCAUAUCGUUGGAUACAGUGCUUCUGUCCGCAAAAAUACGAGCUCUACACAAAAACGCUGACUGUUAUCUGCAGAAUGUUUCUGACAAUGUACCAGAGGUAUCGGAGUUAUUCGUGUACGAAGUGAGCGAUAACAGCGAGAUAAUAGAGCGAGGUUACGUGAACACUGGUGAAAACAAGCAGUCAACUCUCUCUGGACUCUGUCAAAGCUACAUUGCUGACAGAGAAAGCAAGAAAUGUGCACGACACGAGCGACUCCGUGAGAGGUGGUUCCAGUAUACUGAAGAACUGGAGACCUACUAAAGUUAAACUCACACACCUAAAGUAAAGCUCAUAAACCACAGCACUGGAUUCAUAAUUUAUUACGUUAUUAUAGGAAGCUGAACUGGAACUAUAUUAUGGGUUGUAUAUUUAAAAUAAAUCUCAAUCUAAAAUGUACAUGUUUGAUAUUAACAAUUCUGUAUCAACUUUUCAACUUCAACAUUAUAAUAAUUUCAACAAUGCAGCAGGGGUUAGACCAACACUUGUUUUAGGUUAAACUUUAUAUAUAUUAUUGAGCUGCUGUCGCGAGUUUUCCCAAAUGAUAAUAUUUGUUAACGGUACUGUUUGUAUAGUAUGUGUAUAUAAAGCUUUUAUUUUUGUACAAACUUUGAAGAUGUACAAAAACUCUUUAAUCAAGGAGUUUUAUUAGGUAUAAAACCUUUCGGCAAUC